AUGUCAGUCAACCAUUACUCCUCAGACCACCACCACACUCUCCUGUGGCAGCACCGCCACACAACCGACACUCCUCCUCCGGAGAUACCCACCACAGCCGCCACGUGGCUCAACGACGACCAGAAAGAGUCUCUCUUCGAGAAAUCUCUCACACCAAGCGACGUCGGCAAACUCAACCGCCUGGUCAUACCAAAACAGCACGCAGAGAAAUACUUCCCUCUCAAUGCCGUCAUCUCCUCUGCUGCUGCUGACACGUCAUCGUCGUCUUCGGAGAAAGGGAUGCUUCUAAGCUUCGAAGACGAGUCAGGCAAGUGUUGGAGGUUCAGAUACUCUUACUGGAACAGCAGCCAAAGCUACGUGUUGACUAAAGGAUGGAGCAGAUUCGUCAAAGACAAAAAUCUCGACCCAGGCGACGUCGUUUUCUUUCAGCGCCAACGUUCUGAUUCCCGGAGACUCUUCAUUGGCUGGCGCAGACGCGGCCAAGGCUCCUCCUCCGCCGUGAAUACCAAUACGACGUCGUAUGCUACCUCUAUGGCAGCUCCUCCUUAUCUUCAACUACACGCUUCUAGUAACUACUCUAUUCCUCCUUCUCACUCAGAGUAUUCCCACUAUGGCGCCGCCGUAGCAACAGCGGCGGAGACCCACUCCAUACCGUCGUCUUCCGUCGUCACCGGGAGCUCGAGGACGCUGAGACUUUUCGGUGUGGAUUUAGAGUGUCAAAUGGAUGAAGACGACGGAGAUGAUUCCGUUACUGCCGUCGCUGCCGUUGAGUCACCGUGUCCCGACGAUUAUUACGGCCAAAACAUGCACUACUACUACACUCCUCAUCCUCACAACAUGGUAAUUUGA